AUGAACCGUCUAAUGUCGAGAUUCUGGAUAGGGCAGGGACCGUCUAAACUCCCUCAAGAGUUAAUCGACCUUAUCAUCGAUGAACUUCAGGCAGACAUACACACUCUCCGAGCCAGUGCCCUCGCGGGCCGCGUCUUUCUCCACCGUGCACGCACGCACCUCUUUCGACAGCUGGUUCUAGCACCGCCAUUGUCCGCCUCUUCGUUGAAGAAGUGCCGUCCGCUCUUCUCAUCGCCACCACCAUCCAUCUUGCGAUACGUUAGAAAACUGAGAUUGAUCGGUUUAGGCAGUCGCGGCAAGGAACAAUGGGACCCAACGGAGUUUCACGGCAUUCUCGAUGCUCUCGUCAAUCUGCGAGAGUUAUCCAUUGUCAACGUCGAUGCCUUGGUACUGAAACUGGUACAAACAGCACUAUCUUCGAAGCCGUUGGAUACCUUAUUCCUCAACGUUCUGAGGUUCGAAGACAGAGAUGGAUUCUAUAACCUCAUACGGAGCUUCUCCCGGUUGAAGCAUUUCAGUUUACAUCAGUUUCAAUGCGAUUCGUCAUCUUCAUCGCCUUCGUCAUUGAUAAUUCCGAACGAACUCGACACGCUUGAGUUGGCAUAUCAUUCCUAUGGGUCGGACGUGGCGGAAAUGCUCGUGGACUCGAGGUCAUUACGUGGACUGAAGACGCUCGUUGUAAGGCCCGCGAGCACGGAUGACCUGGAGAGUAUUGGGAGCAUCUUAGACGCGACUAAAGAUUCAUUAGAGAGGCUGGACGUUGGAGCGAUGCGGAUGAUAAAUGGCCUCCCGAGUCUCAACCUGCGUCAUCUCCAGUCUCUAUUAUUGUCAAUAUCAGACAGUCCUGUUCAUCAGCCGUUAUUCCGAUGGUGGACUGAUACGCUCAGCGUUUCGGACGGAUCGUAUCAGCUAGAGGAACUUGUCAUCAAUGUUGGAGUGCACUUUUAUGAUGCGGAUGUUGAAGAGAGUGAUGUAUCCUCUCAUUUCUUCGCCGAGUCUUCUCAGUGGGCGGAGCUGGAUAAGGCACUUACUCGGUCGCAAAUGAGGGAACUAAGGAAAGUUUUGGUACGAAUACAACUCAGAGAGGGUGGGGAGGGUGCGAUAUCGAUGAUGCGGACGUUAGAAGACGUCAUUCGGAAGAGCCUUUCGCGUCUGAGCAGGCAAAGCCUUCUUGAGGUCGAGGUGACCGGUGUGUAG